GAGGAAGAGACGUAUGUGCAAGAGGCAAAGGAGCAGGAAGAGAGAGUCGAGCGGCUGCAAAAGCAAGGGGCAGACGAGUGGGAUGUCAAGAAGCAACGCGAGGUGCUCCGCGAUUGCGAGCAAAUGAUUCCGGAUUGCAAAAAGCGUCUGGACAAUGCCGUUUCGGACUUGGAAGCGUUUCUCGUGAGUUUGCGGGCAGAUGCGAGUGUUGGAGAGUCGCAAGAGGCAAAGACUGCUCGCGAGGUGCUUGACGGCGUCACCUCGAAUUGA